AUGGCUACAGGCAAGAUGAAUAUUAUAGUCCCCGACAUGGCCAAGGAGUUCGAUUUUAUUGUCGUGGGAGGUGGCACAGCUGGAAAUGUUGUAGCCGGUCGCCUGGCUGAGAAUUCAAAAGUAUCGGUUUUAGUCAUCGAAGCAGGUCGAGGAGAUCCAGAUAAAAUCCCCGAAGUUACUACUCCUGCCCGUGCCUUUGAAUGCCGAAAUGGGCCAGUGGAUUGGAAAUACAAAUCCACACUCAUUGAUCGUCCAGACUAUACACGUGUCGAGAAACCCAAUACCAGGGGUAAAGUUCUGGGUGGUAGUAGCUGUUUGAACUAUUACACAUGGGUACGAGGUAGUAAAGGAACCUACGAUGACUGGGAAGAUUUUGGUGGCAGUGAAUGGAAUUGGCGCGGGGUGAAGGACUAUUUCGACAAGCCUGCAACUUAUCACGACGAUGGAAAUAAUUACCCUCAUGUUCGAAACAUUGGUCUAGGAGGGCCUCUCAACGUUGAACACGCAGAUCUGGUGCCUGAACUACGGCCAUUCCGCGACGCACUGCUUCAGGCUUGGCAAAGCAAGGGUCUUGAAGUCAAUGAUAAUAUUUAUGAUGGAACUCAAACUGGAUUAACUCGCUGUAUCAACACCAUUUACAAGGGUGUUCGUUCAUCGAGUUGGUCAUUUCUUGUCGGGAAACCCAAUGUUCACAUUCUACCCUCCUCACACUGUGAACGGCUGAUUAUACAGGGUGACCAGGCUGUUGGAGUCGAUAUUCGUGAACCGAAUGGAAAAUGCAUCAAGGUCAAGGUCCGUAAGGAAGUAAUCAUCGCCGGUGGUGUAUUCGAAUCACCAAAGCUAUUGAUGCUGUCCGGUAUUGGACCUGAGAAGGAGCUAGCACAAUUCGGUAUCAAAGCCAUUUCCAGCUCACCUCAUGUCGGCAGAAAUCUUCUUGAUCAUCCUAUUCUUCCGCAUGUCUUCCGCUUGAAGAAUGGACUUGGCUUGGAUGAUCAUCUACUCCGCGUCGGUCCACAAAAGGCGGGCGCAAUCGCAGCCUAUAACCGUGAUCAUUCGGGACCUCUAGGAAGCGGCCUUCUAGAAAUCGUGGGCUUUCCCCGUAUUGAUGAGCGUCUUGCAAGAAUCAAGGAAUAUACAAAAGCGAAGCUGGAUAAUGGUGGUAAAGAUCCGUUUGGACCAGCAGGACAGCCUCACUUUCAAAUUGAUUUUGUGCCUAUGUUCUCGGAUGCUUUUCAAUGGCAUAUUCCUACUCCUCCAGAGGGAGGAUGGCUCACAGUCAUUGUUGACCUACUUCGGCCUAUUUCAAAGCCAGGUUGGGUCAAGUUGAAUUCCGCUGAUCCCUUGGAUGAUCCUUACAUCAAUACCAACUAUUUUAAUAAUCAUCUUGAUAUAGUUGCCAUACGGGAAGGCAUUCGAUUUGUGGAUGAUGUUCUUAUGAACGGUGAUGGCUUCAAAGACAUUAUUGGGGAAGAUUAUCCAUGGCCUAUGCCCCGCAAUUCCAAUGAAGCAAUGGACCAGAUGAUCCUCGAGCGUUCACAGACCGGAUUUCACCCUUGCGGGACUUGCCGUCUUUCAAGGAAUAUUGGGCAAGGAGUGGUCAACGAACAGCUGAAGGUGCAUGGUUUCAAAAACAUCCGAGUAAUCGAUGCUUCUGUGUUUCCUGUCAUUCCCGACUGCCGCAUUCAGAAUCCUGUGUAUAUGGUUGGUGAAAAGGGUGCGGAUCUGAUUAAAAGGGACCACAAAGAUAUCUAUUAA